CUCCAUUUUGAACGGAAGCCGUCGUUGCCAUGGCGAGGCGUCGUCAUGACACCGUUCCAGCAGACGGCAAACGCGUGGGAUCCUGAUAAACACCUCGGUCCUUCUCGGUUUAGCGAUAAAACCCUGCUGCCACAUUGAUGAUCCUCAGUCGGUGUUAAUGAAAAGCUUUGGGGUUUAGUCGGAGGGCAGAUCCCGGGGUUUGUUAUGUGCUCCGGUUUAGCAAAGAAAAGAAGAAACCGAGUUAGCAGACUGAUUCCCUCCGUGGAUCAUCCACGUACCGUGUUGGCGGAAAUACACAGUGAAGAAACCGCUUGGACUCUGAUGGACCCGUACGACUUUGAAGAUAACCGUAUGACGGAAUCGGAGCAUGCCGUCCAAGUGUCCCGCCAGAGCGACCACAGAGACUCUGCGCUUGCAGGAAAACGCAACGGGAACAAGACCUCGACUGGGAAUCGGACCAGGACACGAGAACGGACCCGGGAUCCGGAUAAGGAUCGCAUCUCUGAUGGAGAGCAGAGCACCGCUUCAUUCUACUCAGAUGAUUACGAGAACACUUCGCCGUCUGAGAAGUCCUUCUCACCGUCUCGUUCUCCUUCAACACACAGAGGAGCGAGGACACACAGAGUCUCGAGCAGCCUGAGACACACGACCGGAGUGCGUAAGGGUGCGCCUCGGCACCCGGGUCCCCAGGCCCCUCCCCCUCAGCAGCGCUCCAGCGGCAUGCGCUCCCAGAGUCUCGGUAAAGACGCCCCUCCCAAAAACCUGGACCUGGUCACCAAACGUCUGCUGUCCGCCCGCCUGCUGAAGAUCAGCGAGCUGAAGAACGGCCUGGCCGAGCUGCAGCUGCACACCGACGAGCUGCAGCGCGAAAACCGCCUGCUGAAGCAGCUGCAGCUGCGCCACGAGAAGGCGCUGCACCGCUACAACGACACCGAGAGCGAGAUCUCGCAGCUGAUCUCGCGCCACAACAACGAGACGCACGUCCUGCGCGAGAGGCUGCGGCGCACGCAGGAGAAGGAGCGAGCAGCAGAGCGGCGCUGCACCGAGGCCGAGGCGCAGCUCCAGCGCUGCCGAGACCAGCUGCACAAACUGCAGAAGCUCGCAGACGACCAGCGCCUCGGAGAGAGAGAUGAGCUCGCACGCAAACUCACAUUCCUGCAGGUCAAAGUGCAGGACAGCGAGCGCAGGGUGAAGGAACUGGAGAGGAACAUGGAGUUGAGUACAGGGAGCUUCCAGAGGCAGCUGGCCAACGAGAGGAAGAAAACCCACGACGCCCUACAGGAAACCCAGAUGCUACGGGGCGAACUGGACAAGCUAAGUGCUAAACUGAAGGAGAGAGAAAGGGAGCUGGACACUAGGAAUAUUUAUGCUAAUCGAAUAAGAGGGGUUCUGAAGAAGGAUUUAGAAGAUUCCACCAGGAUUAAAGGUGCCAGUAGAAGCAAUAGUAAAGCAGUACAGACUGAAGACAGAAAGCUCUCCCCGGACUUCCCAUCUCCUCCUCUUGCUAUCAGCAAUGAUAGUGAGUUUCCCUACGAUGGUCAGACAGAGGACCACCUGUCUCUGAAGGAGCGUCAAAGCAGCGAGCAGAAACAGACACAAGCAGAAGAGCAAAGGAUUCGGGAGAUGGUGAGAGAGCAGAAGGAAGAACGAGCACAGGGGAUGGAGAGGGAGGAACAGGAGCGAGAGAAGGACAGACUCCGGAAAAGAGAGCGAGAAAGUGAAAAAGAGAAAGAAAAGGUGCCAAAGCAAAGAUUCAGUCUCGAGUUUGACCUGAAUGAAGGGAAAGCGAUGAGACAAAGCAACGGAUGGGACCGAGAUGAAGAAGACAGUAGGAGGCGAAACGAGGAAGAAAAAGGUCGAUAUAAAGAGCCGCUCUUGACUGAGCAGGAGAUCCAGGACAAUCGGGAGCGUGCGGAGGUUGAGCGCCGACGCAAAGACCAACUUCUGUCCAAAAUGCGUGAGAUCGACUCGCAAGCUCAGGCACAGGACUCCGGCUUCUUCCACGACCAAAGGGAACGCACUCGCACUCCUCCUCGCACUCAGAACGCCUCCAUCUUCAGCUUCACAGAGCCUCACGAGUAUCUCAGCACGCUGAAACCUGAGAAAAGGGGCGGAGCUCUGAGAUCACAGAAAACCAACCAGGAUCUCGAUCUCACCUUUGGUAGCUACGCUCCGUCGUUCGGUAAACCCGCCCCUCGCGCAGGACGCAGGACCCCGAGCCUGACCGCGGACCCGUCGUCCGGAGACGAGCACGGAGGAAACGACGUCAGCGGGCUCGCCAAGGCGAAGAAGUCCAACCUCAUGCAGCAGCUGUUCGGGUCUGCGCCACGUGACUCGCACAGCAAAAUGGAGAUCCUGAGUACUAGCACUAAAUCUUCCUCGGGUGGGUGCAGAGACCCAGAGACCCCCAACACGCCGAAAAGGACCGCGCUGCACGUCUCCGAGAGCGGCCCGGCCGUUCGAGCCAUCACAACACUCGAUGAUGACAUCGAGGAACUCGUGCUAUGAAGAAGAAUCGAAUCGAGGCUGAAACAUAACCGAACGCGGAAGCUUCCAUGCCUCUUGUUUUUUAAUCAAAGGCGAUUGAAAUCCAAACUCAGGUUACACCAAGCUGCAGAAUCAGAUUCCCGCAUUCAGUCAAAACAGUCUAGAAACAAACCGCACCGAUAUUUGUUCUUAUACCCGGUAAAAUUCCACAGCAUUCACUUUCAUCUCAAACACAAAUGAAAUCAGCAGCACAUAUAAGCACAUUUACGGCACGAAUCCUGGCCUUCAUGUGCCUUUUUCUAUUUUGAUAAACAAGUUUUAGAUCAGUACAUAUUUUUACACUUUACUGACUUUAUAUAUUUAGUGUACGAUUAGAAACAGCUGUGUAUAUUUUAUUACAUUUAAAAAAAAUACCUAUUUUGUUUUAGAAUGAAAGGGAAGAUUUAUUAUUUUAAAAAAUGGAUCACGUUUAUUAACAGAUUCUAUGUUGCAGAUCGCCUCUGAUUGGCUGAUGCGUCAAUACAGUAGAAUACAUUCUAAAUUUUCCUUUUUUUUUUUUUUUUUAUAAUAGGCACUGUAGCUCACGAUACCAAAAUGCAUCCAAAAACCAUUGCAUCCAUAUGGCUGGAAAAGUCCGGUAUCCCAAUACUUUUGUCCGUUUAGUGGAUAACAGUUUUCUCCAUUAGCUUCCAAUCGAUAGUGUUUGCACUACAUUAUAAAGCACCGAAGUACAAAUUCCUAUUUUUGAAAGUCUUAUUUUUAUUGCAGACUUUGACUUUGACUCCUUUUUAUAGUCGCUUUCCUGCUUAAGCCGCACCUUGAAUCCGAACUCAAUCCAGAACCGAGUUACUAAAAUACAAAUCAGACAAUAAAUGAUAUUAAUUUUACUUAAAUUAAACUCUAGCCAUAAUAUUAUACAGAUUUAAGAGACUAUGCUCAUGAUAUAAACUGACAUGGUGGGUGGAAUUUCUCAAUUUAUUAUUAAUGUGGGUUCCUGGCUACAAAACAUUUCGAGAAGUUCUUCUCUAGACUGCUCUAGUGCUUUCUUUUCUAUUAUUCUGUCUUUCUUGCACAUAAGCACUUUUGGGAAAGCACAUGUCUAAAAGAAGAGAUAAUGUCAUGUAUUUAUUAACUAGCAAAAGCCUACACGUUAAAACUACACUGCACUAACAUCAACCUUUUAUCAAAAGGUCAGCGCGAUACAGUCUGUCAAAAGUUUGGAAACACCUACUCUUUCAUUGUUUCCUGACACACGUGCAUGUUCCUUUUGGUCAAAUCUAGUAAAAUCGGUCAGUGAAUGACUGGAGGAAAGAUCGAUGGAGUCCAAAUUGGACUUUUAUGUCUCUAAAAGAAGAACAAGAAAGAUGCUGCCUCAAACAUGCAGGUGGAAGUUUGGGGUUGUUUUGGAGCAGAGAAUUUUGGAGACUAAUUACGGGUGAAAGGAACCAACAUGGCAACCAUUCCAUACUUUAACAUCAUGCAAUUCCGUCUGGACUGCGGCUCAUUGGAGCUGAAAUUCACCAUACAACAAGACUUUUAGAAAUGAAGUUUACGUCCGAGCUCUGGAAUUACUUGGAGAGCAAACAGUCGGAGUUAUUAUUAUGGAAAGACCUGCCCAGUCACCGCACCUAAAUCCUAUUGAAAUGCUCUGGGAUUCUAUAUCGCCAAAAAAUCUCCAGAAAUCUCCAACUAGUGAAGAAGACCUUUAAGAAACGGCAUGUCAAGAAGUGUUUGGAGAAACUAACUGUCUGGAUGCCGAAAGCGUGUAAAGCUGUUCUACAUGCUAAGGGAGGAUAUUUUUAAAGAAAAUGAACUGGAACAUAUGGACAUUUAUAUUUGGUCAAAGUAAAUCUUUAUAGUGUUAAAUCACUUCUCUUGAGUUAAACAUGCUCCUGAGAUGCCAUGACCAAUGUUCCUGUCCUUUGAUGGGGUUCUUUUUACAUGAACAACCUAAAGAUCCAUGAAGUUACUGAACAACUCAAGAAUUAUGUGAAUAAACUGUAAUUAAUAUCAACUGCAUGUCUACUGCAAUGGUUUAGGACCACAGGCUGCAUGAACAGUUCACCUCACUGAACACCUCAACAAUGAUGGAACUGGAAUGAAUGGACAUUCGGUGAUGAGGUUCCCUUUUGAGUCUGGUUCCUCUUAAGGUUCCUUCCUCAUGCUAUCUCAGGGAGUUUUUACCUUUGCCACAGUCAUGCUCGUUAGGGAUAAACCUAUGAAGGACAAACUUACAGGCACUAAAUGUAUACAUCCAUAUUUCAUAACUUUUGUCCAUUGUUAAAAACGCAAUACAAAUUAAUCUGAGUAUAGAACCGAUGCGUGUCUCACAAAAUCCAUAAAGACAAGGUGUUUCCAAACCUCUGACAGGCGCUCUAUUCUCGUUUUCUGAAAAUAUGGAUGCAUUUGGACACCACUAUUUAUUUAGAUACAUGUUCUUCUCUUGUAGUAUGAUGUUCACUUAGUCAAUAAACAAAAUUCGAAACUUUA